AUGACCUCAACCUGUCCAGGCGCGAAGUGCACCGAAGACGAGUGUUUCCGCUCGUCCAAGUCGAUUCAGCACUUGCUCGACAAUAACAAAAAGUGGCGCGAAGAGCUCAUGCGACAGGACGCGUCGCUGUUCCACCGCACGGCCGAAGGCCAACACCCGUCGUACCUCUGGAUCGGGUGCUCCGACUCGCGCGUGCCGGCCGAAGAGGUCACGGGCCUCGUGCCCGGCGAGAUGUUUUGCCACCGCAACGUGGCGAAUUUAGUCGUCACGAACGACAUCAACAUGCUGUCGGUCGUCCAGUACGCAGUCGAGUCGCUGCAAGUCAAAGACAUUAUCGUGUGCGGCCACUAUGGCUGCGGCGGCGUCAAGGCCGCCAUGGAGAACAACCACAUUGGCAUCUUGGACACGUGGCUCCGCACGGUGCGCGACGUGCAUCGGAACCACAAAGCAGAGCUCGACGCCCUGCCGAGCGACGACGCGCGGUACCGGCGCACGGUCGAACUCAACGUGAAGCAGCAGUGCCUCAACGUGUUCAAGAUGAACGUCGUCCAGCACCGCAUUGGGCGGCCGAAUGAGCCCAAUAUCCACGGCCUCGUGUACGACAUCCACACAGGCGGCCUGAAAGAGCUCAAGGUGAACUACUGCGGCUACUUUUGCAAACUCGUGGGCGACGACAGCCUCCACGCGUUCCCCGACGGCGAGCCGACGAUGGGGCUGGCCCAUCGCCGGCGGAACGCGAUUUUGGACCUCGGCGACGGCCUCGAGCGUACACCGGGGUUGGUGCGCACGCGGUACAUGGCGCGCAUGCUGAAGCGCGAGACGGAGCUGUUUACGCCAGAGGAAGUGGACGAAGCCAUUGUAGCGAUCAGGAGUGAGAUGGCUGACCCGUUCAGUGCGUUCAUGAACAUCAAGGACCUCAUUGCGUACUUUGCGCCCAUGAAGCCCCGGCAUUCCGAGUAG